AUGCAAAUCCUCAUCACAGGCGCCGCCGGCUUCAUCGGCCAGUUGCUCGCAAAAGAGCUCCUCAAUGACCCCUCCUACCACCUCACAUUGACCGAUAUCCUCGAGCCCCCCGUCCCCAAGGGCGUCAAAUACCCGCAAAAUGCAAAGACCAUCAAAGCCGAUCUACUCGCCGGCGCAGAAUCAGUAGUAGACAAAAGCCUCGACGCCGUUUUCGCCUUCCACGGCAUCAUGUCCUCCGGCUCCGAAGCCAACUUCGACCUCGGAAUGAGCGUCAACGUCGACGCGACUCGCACCCUCCUCGAGGCCCUCCGCAGAACCUGCCCCGGUGUCCGGUUCAUCUACUCAUCCAGCCAAGCCGUCUACGGCCGACCGCUUCCGGACGUGGUCGACGACAGCGUCACUCCUACCCCGCAGGGCUCCUACGGCGCCGAAAAGCUGAUCUGCGAGACCCUUGUUAACGAGUACACAAGGCGCGGCUUUAUCACGGGGUUCACGCUCCGGUUCCCCACGAUCUCGGUGCGUCCUGGACAACCCACUGCGGCGGCUUCGUCGUUUCUCUCGGGGAUGAUUCGGGAGCCAUUGGCAGGGAAGGAGUGUGUGAUUCCGGUUGAGGAUCGGUCGUUCAAGUCCUGGCUCUGUUCGCCGCGGACGCUUGUGCAGAACCUUGUCCUUACGCUGUCGUUGUCGGGUGAUGCGUUGCCUCCGCAUAUCCGGUCGAUCAAUGUGCCUGGUAUCUGCGUCACGGUGCAGGAAAUGAUGGAUGCGCUGGAGAAGGUGGGCGGGAAGGAUAAGCUGGCGCUUUUGAAGGAGAAGGAGGAUCCGACGCUUCGGCCGAUUCUGGACUCGUGGCCUACGCGAUUUGAUAAUUCUCAGGCUAUUGCGCUGGGGUUCAAGCGUGACUCGUCAUUUGAGCAGGCUGUUAAAGAUUAUUACGAGCAGGAGGUAUUGGGGAAAUGA